AUGCUAUCCUACCCCCAUCACCCACGCCUCCUACCCCCAUCAUCUACGCUUCUCCUACUCCCAUCACCCAUGCUCUCCUACCCCAUCACCCCACCUCCAUCACCCACGCCUCCUACCCCCAUCAUCUACUUCUCCUACCCCCAUCAUCCACCCACGCUUCCUCCUACCCCAUCACCCAUGCCUCCUACCCCCAUCAUCUAUGCUCUCCUACCCCCAUCACCCACGCCUCCUACCCCCAUCACCCACGCUUCCAUACCCCCCCAUCAUCUUCUAUGCUCUCCUACUCCCAUCAUCUACGCCUCCUACUCCCCCAUCACCUACGCCUCCUACCCCCAUCAUAUAUGCUCUCCUCCCACUCCCCAUCAUCUAUGCUCUCCUACUCCCAUCACCUACGCCUCCUACCCCCCAUCAUCUAUGCUCUCCCACCCCCAUCACCCACGCCUUCUACUCCCCAUCAUCUACGCCUCCAUCACCCCCAUCACCCCCAUCACCCAUCCUCCUACCCUCAUCACCCAUGCUCUCCUACCCCCAUCAUAUAUGCUCUCCUACUACCCCAUCAUCUACGCCUCCUACUCCCAUCACCUACGCCUCCUAACCCCAUCAUCCACGCCUUCUACUACCCCAUCACCCACGCCUCCUACCCCCAUCAUAUAUGCUCUCCUACCCCAUCAUCUACGCCUCCUACUCCCCCAUCACCCACGCCUCCUACCUCCAUCACCCACGCCUCCUACCCCCAUCAUCUACGCCUCUUACCCCCAUCACCCAUGCCUCCUACCCUCAUCACCCAUACCCCCAUCACCCACGCUCUCCUACCCCCAUCACUAA